CGGGCAGCGCGGAGGAUGAGCUGGUUCAACGCUUCGCAGCUUUCCAGCUUCGCCAAGCAGGCGCUGUCGCAGGCCCAGAAGUCCAUCGACCGGGUGCUGGACAUCCAGGCCGAGGAGAGCCCUUGGCCCGACGCCGUCAUCCCCGACUACGGCGACGGAACAAACUCCCUCAUAAGUGGAGGAUGGGAUACAUCUUCCUGGGGCUUAAGUUCAAAUACAGAACCACAGAACCAGCCUGUAUCACCAACAGCAAUCACUAAGCCAGUGAGGAGGACGGUAGUAGAUGAAUCUGAGAACUUCUUCAGUGCCUUUCUCUCCCCGACGGAGGUUCAGAGUAUCCAGAAGAACUCAGUGGUGUCCAAACCUCCAGCCAAAUCACAGCGACCCAAAGAGGAGGUGAAAAGCACUUUAAAGGAGUCCCAGCACCCCAGUCAGCUGGAAGUACCAGUGACAACAGAGGCAGAAGUGAAGGAUCCCUCUGUAGCUGGCCUAGUGGACUUGAAAAACCUUGAUAUUCCCAAGGAGAAAUUAGAAGAGAAUUCUGUGCUUGAAUCUGAUGCCAAGCAUGAAGAAAGCACAAAUGAAGUUACUGACAAAAAGGUGUCUGCUCUAAAUUUGGAAGUACCUGAAGAUGCUCUUAAUGAAAAAUGCAGCCCAGGAGGGGCUGGGACAGGAGGUGCACCAGGCAGCACCUCCCAGCCUCUCCACACAGGUACAAAGGAAGUGGGUUUGGAAACUAAGGAGCGAAAGACUGAGGACAGGCAAAGCAAUACACCCUCACCUCCAAUUAGCACUUUCUCCUCGGGGACAUCCACAACGAGUGACAUUGAAGUUCUGGACCAUGAAAGUGUCAUAAGUGAGAGCUCAGUAAGUUCAAGACAGGAAGCUGCAGAUUCAAAAUCCAGUCUUCAUCUAAUGCAGACAUCGUUUCAGCUUUUGUCUACAUCGGCCUGCGCAGAUUAUAAUCGUUUAGAUGACUUUCAAAAAAUGACUGAGAGCUGUGGCUCCUCUGAUGCUUUUGAAAGAAUUGAUUCAUUUAGUGUCCAGUCUUUGGAUAGCAGAAGUGUGAGUGAAAUAAAUUCAGAUGAUGAGUUAUCAGGCAGGGCUCCUGCUUCAGCAUCUGUCGCCGUCAGUGCUUCUGCGCCAAAGGCAGAAGUGGUUGAUGCUCUGAAAAAUAAAUCUGAAAACUCGAGUGAUGCUCCUGUUGUACCUGCUGAGGAAGCAGAGAUGGAGGAGAGUGGGAGAAGUGCAACCCCUGUUAAUUCUGAGCAGCCAGAUGUUCUGGUUGCUACUGUGCAAACUGUUGAAGAGCAGAUUGUAAAAGAGGAGACUGAGCCCCAGCAGGAUGCUGUUGAAAAAGUGGUAGAAGAGGACACUGAAAAGCAAGAGCUUAACAAGGUCAUUGAUUCAUUAACUGAGAAGCUGGAGAAGAGGGAAAUACAGUUAUUAAGCACUAGUAAAGAAAAGGCACGCCUGGAAGAAGCUUAUGAUAACCUCAAAGAUGAAAUGUUUAGAAUGAAAGAAGAGAGCAGUAGCCUUUCCUCUCUUAAAGAGGAGUUUGCUCAGAGGAUUGCGGAUGCUGAGAAGAAGCUCCAGCUGGCCUGCAAGGAAAGGGAUGCAGCUAGAAAGGAAGUAAAGACUGUUAAAGAAGAAUUGGCUACUAGACUUAAUAGUAAUGAAACUGCUGAAUUACUGAAAGAAAAAGAAGAGCAAAUCAAAGGAUUAAUGGAGGAAGGAGAAAAGCUUUCCAAACAGCAGCUGCAUAAUUCCAACAUUAUUAAGAAAUUAAGGGCCAAGGAGAAAGAGAGAGAAAAUAUUAAUGCAAAACAGAACAAAAAGAUUAAAGAAUUGGAAGAGGAGUUGCAGCAUUUAAAACAGGUGCUUGAUGGCAAGGAAGACCUGGAGAAGCAGCAUCGAGACAGCAUUAAGCAACUGAACAGUGUUGUAGAGAGACAAGAAAAGGAUCUUACUAAACUUCAGGCAGAAGUGGAAGACCUUGAAGAACGCAACAGAAGUGUCCAGGCAGCACUUGACAGUGCAUACAAGGAACUUGCAGAUCUUCAUAAAGCUAAUGCUACAAAGGACAGUGAGGCACAAGAAGCAGCCCUCAGUCGGGAGAUGAAGGCAAAGGAAGAGCUUGGGUUAGCUCUGGAGAAGGCCCAGGACGAGGCACGGCAGCAGCAAGAGGCUUUGGCAAUUCAGGUGGCAGACCUGAGGCUGGCACUGCAGCGUGCGGAGCAGCAGGCAGCAAGAAAGGAAGACUAUUUACGCCAGGAAAUCAGCGAACUACAGCAGAGACUGCAGGAAGCAGAGAGCCGGAACCAAGAGCUAAGUCAGAGUGUUACAUCUGCCACACGGCCCCUGCUCCGGCAGAUAGAAAAUCUGCAAGCCACACUGGGAGCACAGACCUCUGCUUGGGAAAAAUUGGAAAAGAACCUUUCUGACAGGCUUGGUGAGUCUCAAACUCUUCUAGCAGCAGCUGCUGAGAGAGAACGGGCUGCUACAGAAGAACUUCUUUCUAAUAAAAUUCAGAUGUCUUCUACUGAGUCUCAGAAUAGUCUUUUAAGGCAAGAAAAUACACGCCUUCAGGCUCAGCUAGAAGUGGAGAGGAACAGAUUGAAAAAAAUGGAGAAUGAAAAUAGUAGGUACGAGGUUGAACUAGAAGGACUCAAAGAUGAGUAUGCAAAAACCUUGGAAGAGGCAAAGAAAGAAAAGACAUUGCUAGCUACUCAGCUAGAAAUGGAAAAGAUGAAGGUUGAACAAGAAAGAAAGAAGGCAAUUUUUGUGCAAGAAGCAGCAAAGGAGAAGGAUCGGAAGCCCUUUCCAGUUGACACUGUUUCAAGUACUCCAACGAUGUCACGCUCCAGUUCCAUAAGUGGAGUUGAUAUGGCAGGUCUUCAGACAUCUUUCCUUUCACAGGAUGAUCCUCAUGAUCACUCAUUUGGGCCAGUAGCUACUAGUGGAAGCAAUCUUUAUGAUGCCAUAAGGAUGGGAGCAGGUUCAAGUAUAAUUGAAAACCUCCAAUCACAGCUAAAGUUAAGAGAAGGAGAGAUUUCACAUCUACAGCUGGAAAUCGGAAACCUGGAGAAAACUCGAUCAAUAAUGGCAGAGGAGCUGGUUAAAUUAACAAAUCAAAAUGAUGAACUUGAAGAAAAAGUGAAGGAAAUCCCCAAAUUCCGGGCACAGUUAAAGGAUUUGGAUCAAAGAUACAACACAAUUCUUCAGAUGUAUGGAGAGAAAGCAGAAGAAGCUGAAGAACUCCGACUGGAUCUGGAAGAUGUGAAAAACAUGUACAAGACUCAGAUAGAUGAACUUCUAAAACAAAGACAAACUUAACUCCUACUGGAACUCUGAACACUAUAUGAUAACAGAUGUAAAGAUAAUGGUUUAUGUAAAUGCUGAAUUUAAAAGUCUUGUAAAAAGAUAACUGUAUAAUAGAAGAUGUGACUAUAUAAUAGAGUUCAUAUGUUGACAAAAAAAUCAAUGCUUUAAGUGUCUUGUACUGUCUGCAGUUAAAUUAUUUGUGC